AUGGCAGCGACUUCGCCCCGACUUGAGCAGCCGUCGCGGCCAGACGGCGCAGCAAACAACCUGCUGCUGGCCGACCGGCCGCCUAUUGCGGCGCUCUUUCUGAUUGAGUUUGACGUCAAGGCCGGCUACACAAUUGCGUGGAAGCAGGCGGCGCCGGGCCUGGAACUCGGCGGCGCUGUCGAGUACAAGAGCCUACCAUCAGGUCUGCAUGCCGUGGCUGAAGACCUGAUCUACUUUGUGCACGAGGACGAGACGGGCAGCGGUGGCCAUGGUGGUGACCUGACAGCUGGGCCGUCCGAGGGCGGCUAUGCCGGACUGAGCGCGUUUGUCAACCUGCCGACAGAUGAGGCCGAUGCCCGGUUUGCCCGCAUGAUUGCUGUUGGUGUGCUGGUGCCGCGCAGUUACGGUCGGUUGGGCCGGGCAUGGCGUCACGCCGAGUCACUGAUGGCGAUGGCGAGAAAACUGGCGGCCGACCACAACGAGACCCCCUUGCUGGAGGCUUACUGGCGAGACAACAGCGGCCCAUCGCUGGGGCUGCCGUUCAGCGACUCACCGCUGAGCUCGCCCAUGGCCACCAGCUUCGGCCGCAGUGGCAGCGGUGGCUUCAGAAACCGCCACGCGCGCAACCGGUCUGCCUCGGACGGCACAGCGCUCAUGCUGCCGCCUGGCCACCGCCUCUCGCCGCACCAUCCUGCCUGGAGCCUCACGGCGCUGCUCGACACCUUUGGCCCGCUGGUCUUUCCCAUCUACCGCGCCGCCCUACUGCGCAAGCGCAUCCUCAUCUCAACCCACGCCCCUGUGCGUGAGGUCAACAACUUUGUGUACAACAUCUCCGUUCUUGCCAACAUCCCCAUCUCCGUCUUCGAUAUUCUCGAGCCGGCUGCCAUGCCACAGCAGCGCAUCCGGCCACUCUUCACCAUUGGCGUCAACGAUAUUCCCUUUCUCGUCGACGACGCCGCCGCCGUCAAGCGAGCCGCCCUCGCUGCCGUGCAGGGCGACCCAGUCGGGCCGUAUGGCGGUCCUGGCUGGAUUGCCUGCACCACCGACAGCAUUCUGGCCAUGAAGGGCGAGCUGUGGGACGUGCUGAUCACCAUGCCUCCGGCUCGCGCGACCGGUGUCACCGCUGCUGCCGGCGUGGCCGAGAAAAUGGUGUGGCCAACUGUCGAAGGCGCGAAUGGCGUGCCCAUCAAGGCCACGCAGCGUGAUCUGCGCCGCUUCCGUGCGCUGGCCACCGGCCUGUCGCGCCGGCCGACAACGGCUACUGGCCAGGAUACGACGGACGCUGUCGGCGACGAGGCCGACGCCCAGCUCGUCGACGCGGCCGAGUCCAUCGUCGAGCCCGUCACCUGGGCCGCCCUGGCCUACAACGGCUUCAUGUGGUGGGCCAGCGCCGGCGAGCAGCACCGCGCCGAGGACGUCGAGGAGGCCAUACAGGACGCCUCGCUGCUGGCGGACUUGGCGCUGCAGCCCAACGCACCGUCGCCGAUGCACAGCCAUCUCCACAGCCAUCACCAGCAGCAGGCGUCUGUGGGAGCGGGCCGGAGCAGCGGCGCCAUGCACGACUCCGUGUCCUCGCUGACGGCGCGUCGAGCACCGCCGGAUGCGGCCGGCGAAGACGGAGUCGAGGCUGAGCACGACGAGGACGAGGACGAGGACGAAGACCGCGCGCGCAUUGAGCUGGCUAUCAUCGCCUACUUCCACCGCCUGACGACGCAGAUGUUGUCGGUCAUGGCCGAUAUUGUCGAAAGCGGGUCCGAGGACGACGAGGACGACGGCCGGGAUGCCGGUAGCCGCUACUACUACGACGACGAGGACGACGAGGAUGACGAGGAGAUGAACAGCAGCAGCAGCGACGGACUAUUGGGUGGCCGACGAGGCGGUGACGGCGACGGAGGUGGCGGUGGCGGCGUUGACGGCAGCGGCAGCGGCAGCCGUGCUGACAUCGGUCUUCUCGGCACCCGACGCAGCGGGCUGGCACCGCUGCCGCUGCGGCGUCGUGGAGGCGUGCAGAAACGAGACAGACGGCAGCUGCAACAACAGCAGCACCAGCACCAUCCGAUGCGGUCACGUGAUCAUCUGCACGCCGCCGACGGCACCACCAGCAUCCGCAUCAGCAGCGACGCGCGCGUGCGUAUGGGCCUCGAUGUUUGGAGUCCCGCCGACGUCGGCUUCGUGCGCGACGUCGCGCUGCAGUACUUUGGCCGGCGCGGCGUUCAGGUCGAGGGCAAGGGCAUCGAGGUGUGUGGGCUCAAGAUCUGCUGA